CGGCCGCGGCAGAGGCAGCGGUGCUGAAGGCGCAGAGGGCGGCGCAGGCGGAGCCGGGCGGCGGGCGCGCGGGCCACGAGCAAGCGAGCAAGCGAGCUGCAGGCUUCGGGCGGGCGGCGGCACAGCUCAGGCCGAGCCGGCGCGGGAGGAGUUCCAAGGCGAUGGGGCCGCGGCCGGGGCUGACGCUUUGACAGCUGGAAAGAGCGCGGAGCCAGCGCCGGGGAGGGAGGGAGCGCGGCGAGCGGAGCGCGAGCGAGCGGGCGAUCGCCGGGAGGGGGCCGGGAGCAGGGCAGCUCGGGAGACCGGACGGUAGCGGCGGCGGCGGGCUCGGCGCCCUCUUCUCUGCAAGCCAUGUUUGCCAAAGGCAAAGGCUCGGCGGUGCCCUCGGACGGGCAGGCUCGGGAAAAGUUAGCUUUAUACGUCUACGAAUAUUUACUGCACGUAGGAGCACAGAAAUCUGCACAGACCUUCUUAUCAGAGAUUCGAUGGGAAAAAAACAUCACACUGGGAGAACCUCCUGGGUUUCUGCACUCGUGGUGGUGUGUAUUUUGGGACCUUUACUGUGCAGCUCCUGAAAGGAGAGACACUUGUGAACAUUCAAGUGAAGCAAAAGCCUUUCAUGAUUAUAGUUCAGCAGCUGCCCCCAAGCCCUGUGCUUGGCAACAUUCCCCCCAAUGAUGGGAUGCCCGGAGGCCCCAUCCCGCCAGGUUUCUUUCAGGGUCCUCCGGGGUCACAGCCCUCGCCGCACGCACAGCCUCCACCUCACAAUCCCAGCAGCAUGAUGGGACCCCACAGUCAGCCUUUUAUGUCACCGCGAUAUGCAGGCGGCCCCAGGCCCCCGAUCAGAAUGGGAAACCAGCCUCCAGGAGGAGUUCCCGGGACACAGCCAUUGCUGCCCAAUUCUAUGGAUCCCACACGACAACAAGGUCACCCCAACAUGGGAGGAUCAAUGCAGAGAAUGAACCCUCCCCGAGGCAUGGGGCCCAUGGGGCCUGGCCCACAGAAUUACGGCAGCGGCAUGAGACCACCACCCAACUCCCUCGGCCCCGCCAUGCCUGGGAUUAACAUGGGCCCAGGAGCUGGCAGACCCUGGCCCAAUCCCAACAGUGCUAACUCAAUCCCGUACUCCUCCUCAUCACCCGGUACCUAUGUGGGACCCCCUGGUGGUGGCGGCCCUCCAGGAACCCCCAUCAUGCCUAGUCCUGCGGACUCAACAAAUUCCAGUGACAACAUCUACACAAUGAUUAAUCCUGUGCCGCCUGGAGGCAGCCGGUCCAACUUUCCAAUGGGUCCCGGCUCAGAUGGCCCAAUGGGGGGCAUGGGCGGCAUGGAGCCACACCACAUGAAUGGAUCCUUAGGAUCAGGAGACAUAGAUGGACUUCCAAAAAAUUCUCCUAACAACAUAAGUGGCAUUAGCAAUCCUCCAGGCACUCCCCGAGAUGACGGCGAGCUAGGAGGGAACUUCCUCCACUCCUUCCAGAACGACAAUUAUUCUCCAAGCAUGACGAUGAGUGUGUGACCCCCCUCUCCAAGACGUUGAGAGCCGGCAUUGCAGGCAGAAGAUGCCAGAAAUUAUGCAAGAAGAAGUGAGGUGUCGAUACCAGGAGCUGGGGGAGGGUGUCUCCUGCUCCCCUCCACCCCUCCCAUCCACUCCCCCACCUUUCCCAAUUUUAGUUUCAUGCAAUAAAAAGGCCAAACUUUUUAUUCCAUAAAACAUGAAGGACAAAAACUCAAAAAAUGUAUUUCAAGUCAGCAAUCAGAAAAAUCCUACCCUCUCCUCACCCUAAAGGACCUUUCUGUACAUGACACUUUUUGUUUGUUCGUUUGUUUGUUUGGGAUUUUAUCGUUGCUGGGAUUUUUUAAUUUGUUUUUGGGGGGGUUUCUUUUGGGGAAAAAUUUUUUUAAUGGAAGCUUCUAGCAAACCCUACGCCCACCCCAUUCUUUGCUUUCUUCUUAAAAAAAAAAAAAAAAAAAAAAAAGAACAAACAAAAAAAAAGGAAAAAGAAAAAAAGGCCAAAAAAAAGGGAAGAAAAACCCACAAGCCCUGCCAUGUGUCUUACCACCAGAAAGCUAGUCUAGGUGUGCGGUGCCACACUGACGCUGUAGCCAUCUGAUAAUAAUAAUAAACUGGACAGUUUACAA